UGCCAUCAUUUCUUCCCCACAAUGAUGAACAAUAUCCUUGAAUUAUGAGCCACCAUAAUUCUUAUUCUCGUUACAUAUUUUCAACAAAAAGAAGAUAAGUAACUAAUAUUGCCUUCAAGUGUCAUGGGGCAGGACAGUGGCAUGUAAAACUGUUGGACACUCACAUCAGAAAUCAAGCAAAUCAUUUAUAAUGGACCAUGUGAAAUAGGGAGUGUUUUCUUGGAUAGACAACAAAGAAGCAUGUGUUUAACUUACCUAUGUCUGUAGUGAAAGGCCAACAUGUGGGCAUGAAGGAAUUAGAUCACUCCACAGUGUAUAAUUUUUUUCUUAAGAAUUGAGAGAUCAUGUCUCAGACCACGAACCAAGGUACUGACUUGGAUGGAGUCUCCAAAAGUGAUGCAGGUGGUGGGACGCAGAAGAUCAUUAGAUGAAUCCAUGCUUCGGUCAAGAAGAGUGAAACAGGAAAGAUCAGCUGUAGCUAGAGUUUUCCUGCCUGGCCCACAGUCAGGACAAAUCUCUGACACCCACCAGUCCCACAGCCAUUCAGACCCAACCAAGUAAACACAGAGACUUAUAUUGGUUACAAACUGUAUGGCCGUGGCAGGCUUCUUGCUAACUGUUCUUACAGCUUAAAUUAAUCCAUUUCCAUUAAUCUAUACCUUGCCACGUGGCUUGUGGCUUACCGGUACUUUACAUCUUCCUUGUCCUGAUGGCGGCUGGCAGUGUCUCCAUCACCCAACUUCCUGUUCUCUCAAUUCUCCUCUCUGUUAGUCCCGCCCAUACUUCCUGUCUGGCCACUUACCAAUCAGUGAUUUAUUCAUUGACCAAUCAGCAACACAUUUGACAUACAGACCAUCCCACAGCAAUCAGCAACUGAAAUCCUAUACUAAUGUUGAUUUUUGGUCACCCAAAAGUUUUGCCAAAAACAGAAUUGAAUCACAACUUGAUGGAAAUUUUGUGCAGUCUCUUCUUUCUUCGGGGUCCAAUAAUAGCAAUACUGCUUUUCCUCCUUCAGAAAAAUGGAGUCAGACAUCUCACAAGCCUUCCAGAAAGAACUCACCUGCUUCAUCUGCCUGAGCUGCCUGACAGACCCAGUCACCAUAAGCUGUGGCCACAGCUUCUGUCAAGCCUGCCUCCACCUUUCCUGGGAAGACAUCCAACUUCCUGUCCAAUGCCCUAUGUGCAGGGAACCAUCCCAGAAGAAGGGCUUGAGAACUAACAUUGUUCUGAAGAAGCUGGUGUCCAUUGCCAGACAAACCAGCCUCAUGAAGGACCUGAGCUCUGAGGAGCAUAAGUGUGUGACUCAUAAGGAAGCAAAGAGGAUCUUCUGUGCUGAGAAGAGGAUCUUCCUCUGUCAACUCUGCUCUAACUCCCAUGAGCACAGAGGACACAGACACUGUCCCAUUGAAGCAGCUGCUGAGGAUCAAAUGGAUAGACUUUUGAAGCAAAUGGCAUCUUUAUGGGAGAAGAUCCAAGAAAAUCAAGAGAAUAUAGAGGCAGAGAACAGAAUGAUAACUCGGUGGAUGGAGUACUUGACUCUUCGGGAAGAAAUGAUCAGGACAGAGUAUAGGAAACUGCAUCCACUCCUCUGUGAAGAAGAAGAGAAACACAUUGAGUGUAUGAGAAAUAAAGGCCAUUGUGUUUUAGAGAAACUCAGAACAAGUGAAGCCAUGAUGGUCCAAAAGAACAAAGAACUAAGAGAAAUAUAUCAGGAGCUGAUGGCAAUGUCCCAGGAGCCAUAUGUGGUCCUGCUGCAGGGUUUGGAUGACGUGUUCAGAAGGAGUGAGUCAAUGCAGCUGAGCAUGCCUCAGACUACGAACCCAGAACUCAAUGCCCUACCCAUCACUGGAUUGAGUGAAAGUUACAAACAGUUUCAAGUUCACAUUUUCUUUGAAAAUACAAUCGUAUUCCAUCACAAGAUGAACAUACUUAAUGCCAUGAGAAGAUUUAUCUUUCGACCUCACCAUAAUGAUACUUCUGCAGUUUCUGCUGGAUGCUAUUUUGCUUCCUGGAGAUCAAAGAACUCCUUCACCUCUGGGAAAUAUUACUGGGAACUGGAUUUAAAGGACUCUUGGGACUGGGCUGUAGGGGUCUGUAAGGAUUCCUGGUUGAGGAGUAGAAACCAACUGAUUGAAUAUGAAGGUGCAUUUCUUCUUGUGUGUGUGAAGGAGGGUAGUCAUUAUAGUCUCCUCACCACGUGCCCAGUAUUCCAGCACUAUAUAGAGAAGCCAAUAGGUCGAGUUGGGGUGCUCCUUGAUUGUGUGGAUGGAAGUUUAAGUUUCCUGAAUGUUGCUAAGAGUUCUCUCAUAUACAGGUACCCCCCUGGCACCUUUAAUUAUCAGGUCAAGCCUUUCUUCCUCACUGGCUACACUUGGUCAUAGGAAGAUGUAAUCCAGUACUUUGGUAUUUUGAAAGUAUUUAUUCUGUUACCUCAUUUACUGCUAUUAAAUAUUAAAAUACUAUUACAUGAAAAAGAUGGUUGACUAUGUUUCCUUUUCAUCUGUGGCUCACGUGUUAUACCAAGAUAACAUCCUUUCAAAGUGGCUUUGUCUUGUUUGUUCAUUUGUUUUUCAAAUUUGUCAGAAUUACUAAUUAGGACUAAAGCUUUAGUUUGGUCCUAGAGCCCUUUUUAAGUAUGCUCAGGACCUUCAGUUUGAUUCUAGCACCACAAAACAUUCAUGUAGCUGUUUAUAUAUGUCUGUGAUAUAUACAUAUUUAUGCAUAUAAUAUUUUACUAUCUUAUUGCUGCCAAGCAGGAGCACAGGUAU